AUCUGGGACAGAGGUUGCUAUUCAGGGCAAUAAAGUGGUGCAGCACGCAGUCUAGCUCUUCUUUCUUUGUCUAGGGCAUGUUUUAUCCGACUUAGACGAUGCCCUUUCGGUUCAGUGAUUUGGUCGUUGAUGAGCUGGUAGUUUCUCCAAUUCAGCUAUUCACUUCGAUCCUCGGCUUAAGAGAAGAUCAUCGUGCAAUCUGGAUUCUGGAACUAUGGCAAACAUACCCUAUGAAACUCAUCUGGACCUGAUCACUGAACGAGAAGCCAAGUUCGAUGAGCUAUUCCGUCAGGGCGAAUUCUCACCUUUACUUCUCCAACAAGUGGUAGGCACUUUUCUUCUCCUGCUUGUACCGCUUGUUAUUCACCAUAGAAGUACGUAUCAAUCGAGGACUUUGCGCUAUGGAUUCCACGCCGUGAUCACUGCGUUUUGUAUCUAUACGAUAUUUGAGGUGCGGUUUCUGGGUCCAGCGAAUGGUUACGGUGUUGGGUUGAUUACGACUUGGUUUUACAUUUGGAGUACAACGCUACUCCUUGCCAAUGAUGUCCAGAAAGAUCUUAAGAGGAUCGUUAAGGAGUCUAUUGAGGGGAAUUACGGUGACGAGCAGGAAGGUUCUCCAGAGGCCGUUAAUAAUGACACGUCGAAACUAAGACGCAGGAAAACUCAGCAAAGCCCUGAUGUUUCCAGACAACCUCAGAAAAUCUACCGAUGGCAGCCCUUUCCGAGAAAACUCUCAGAUCGACUUGACUGGGUCACGGAUUUAAUUUUCAAUUUCAGGGGUCCCAACUGGAAUUGGCGGCUGAGAUCGUUGCCGCCUUUGCCAGAACCGGUCGUCAGAGAUAUUGGAGAGAACACAAAUUCUACCAAGGAAACCAAACCAACGAAGCAAACAGACUAUAAAUCACCAUCUGUGAAGCUGCGAUAUGCGCUACGUUCAUUCUUGCGAGACUACAUAGCCCUAGACCUACUCAAACUACUCUUAAUGCGCGACCCAUACUUCUGGGGCUAUGUAGACAGCUCAAUAUCUCCACCAUGGCCAUUCGACGUCCUAGUAUGGUCUCCAGUUCUGGUCCGCUCAUACCGCAUUAUCCUCAGUCUGGCAUCUGUCCAUUUUGCACUGAAUAUUGUCACCUCCCUAAACCCGCUUUUCUUCCUGGGGUUAUCCUACCUUUUUCCAAGCUUUGCACGGUCAAUCACUCAUCAGCCGGUCGAUACCUUCGGAUCUGCAAGCUCUGUAUUAGAUGGCGGCUUAGUCGGCGCAUGGAAUACCUGGUGGCACCAACUAUUCCGUUUCGGAUUCUCAGAAUGUAGCCGCUUCAUUACCGAGCUGGUAUUUCCUAUUGGCAGUCAAAAGAAUGGGUACAAGCUGGCUCGACGUAUAUUACAGAUUAUCCUUGCAUUUUCCCUAAGUGGCCUGGUCCAUGCUAUGGGCAGUUAUACCACUUUCUCCAACUCCCGGCCCUGGAACGCCUUCUUGUUCUUUGUCUUGCAGGGCGCAGGAGCCUUAAUACAGUACUUUUUCGAGACAGUACUCAUCCCUGCAAUUCUUCCGAAGGCAUUCACACCACUUCCACGAUGGUUCGUCCGAACCACAAAUCUCAUUCUGGUUGUGGCAUGGUUCUAUUUCACUGGCCCCUUGAUUGCGGAUGAUUUUGCGCGUGCUGGGAUAUGGAUGUUUGAGCCUAUCCCGCUCAGUUUGUUGCGUGGAGGGUUGGGGCUAGGUGUCAAGGGUGAUCAAUGGUGGUGUUGGAAGGGUUCGUGGUUUGAGUGGCAUUCCGGGAAUGCGUGGUGGCAGAGUGGCAUUCGUCUCGUGUAGACUUAGACUUUCAAGAUUAUUUCUCUCCUUAGCGGCAUAUCGACAUGAGGUUCAGAUAUUCACAAAAUAUCUAUAUUUUCUAGAAGCUGAAAGAAUCAUAGUGUAUGGUAGGUAUAUACAAUCCUGUUAUUCAUCGUCUUCAUCUUCAUCAGUAUCCGGCUCAAUAUUCAGCGUCGGCAUCUCAUCAUCACUGUCAUCAUCGUCGAUAUUUCCUGCAGCCGCACCACCAUCGGGUUUCUUCCUAUCAGUAGAUACAGAGCUGUACCUCGGAGCACUGGAAUCCAUGAUAGAAGACGUCACCGGUGUCGCUGUAGGCGGAAUGAUAGCUGGUGACGCUGAAGCUUCAAAAAGAGUAACAGGUACAACAGGGGUAGUAGAUGCGACUUGCACCUCUCCGUCCCCGAAACGAGCCUUUUUCGCCUGUGGUGGGAUACUUUGUUCCGAGAUAGCUUGCGAUGGACCCGACUUAUCAGAAUCUUCUGGUAGAAUCCUCUUAUUCUGUGUUGCUGUGGAUGGCGGUUGUACAACGGUGGCAGGCUGGACGUUAUUUGCAAAAUUUGAGGAUAACUGUUGUAUGUCAACGCUAGAAACAGGAACAGCCGGCACAUCAGUAUCCAUAGACCCCUCUUGUUCUUCAUAAUCUUCUGCGUCGUAUUGUUCUCCGGUGUUCCCGAGAAGCACUGGCAUCCGGGGACGAAUCAGACAUUCUACUUCCAAUUCUUUGGCGUAUCUCGUUGCCAGGAACGGCAGAAUACUUGGAAUUGCUCGACGCCCCUUGACAGGUGGAAUUGGAUUCAUCACGCUAGCAACCA